AUGGGGAAACUAUUGCAAUUGGCAUCACAUCCGAUCGAGUUGAAAGCAGCUUUGAAGCUGAAGUUUUGUAGAACACCGCUAUUUUCCAUUUAUGACCAGUCCACGUCGCCAUACCUAUUGCGCUGUUUUGAGCUAUUGAACCUGACCUCCAGGUCCUUCGCUGCGGUGAUCAGGGAGCUACAUCCAGAAUUGAGAAACUGUAUCACUCUCUUCUAUUUAAUUUUAAGGGCUUUGGACACCAUCGAAGACGACAUGUCCAUUGAACACGAUUUGAAGAUCGACUUGUUGCGUCAUUUCCACGAAAAACUGUUGUUGAACAAAUGGAGUUUUAACGGCAAUGCCCCCGACAUGAAAGACAGAGCUGUAUUGACAGACUUUGAAUCGAUUCUUAUUGAAUUCCACAAGUUGAAGCCAGAAUACCAGGACGUCAUCAAAGAGAUCACCGAUAAGAUGGGUAACGGUAUGGCCGACUACAUUUUGGACGAAAACUACAACCUGAAUGGGUUGCAAACUGUUCAUGACUACGAUGUCUACUGCCACUACGUGGCCGGUUUGGUCGGCGAUGGUCUAACCCGUCUGAUCAUCAUUGCCAAGUUCGCCAACCAAUCCUUGUACUCCAACGAGCAACUUUUUGAAAGCAUGGGUCUUUUCUUACAAAAGACAAACAUCAUCAGAGAUUACAAAGAAGAUUUGGACGAUGGCAGAUCCUUCUGGCCUAAAGAAAUCUGGUCUCAAUACGUUCCUCAAUUGAAGGACUUCAUGAAACCCGAAAACGAACAACUGGGUCUGCAGUGUAUAAACCACCUUGUCUUGAACGCAUUGGAUCACGUCAUUGAUGUGUUGACCUACUUAGCCAGUGUUCACGAACAGUCUACUUUCCAAUUCUGUGCAAUUCCACAAGUCAUGGCCAUCGCCACUUUGGCUUUGGUGUUCAACAACCGUGACGUGCUACACGGUAACGUUAAGAUCCGCAAGGGUACCACAUGCUACUUGAUUUUGAAUUCCAGAACUUUACGUGGUUGUGUCAAGAUCUUUGACUAUUACUUACGUGACAUUAAGUCCAAAUUGGCCGUGCAAGAUCCAAACUACCUAAAAUUGAACAUCCAGAUCUCCAAGAUUGAACAGUUCAUGGAAGAAAUGUACCAAGAUAAAUUACCUGCCAACGUGAAACCAAAUGAAACUCCAAUUUAUUUGAAGGUUCAGGAAAGAUCCAAGUACGAUGACGAAUUGGUUCCAACCCAACAAGAAGAAGAGUACAAGUUCAACAUGGUUUUGUCUAUCAUUGUUUCCGUUCUUCUUGGGUUUUACUAUAUAUACACUUUACACACAGCUUAA